AAAUUAAGAAAAAAAGAAAUACUGUUAAAAUUCCCAAACAACCCCCGUCUGAUUUCAUGAGAGAAAAAUAAAUGAGACCCCAAAAUAAAAUGUUGACCAACUGAUUUUCGAAUCCCCAUUAUUUAUUUUGUUUCUUUUUCUGUGAUUUCGAGUAGUUUGGGGUUUAGCAAUGGCGAAGUUGGAGAAGCCUGUUUUAGCUGAAGAUAGUUUAUACGGAUUCAAAGAAGUAGCUGAAGGAGCGGCCAUUUUUGUUCAGAAAAAGCUGCAUUCACCUGGAUUUGAGAAUGUUGAUAACAAGCAUAACUGCAAUAUUGAAGAUUUACAGGCUGUAGGAGAUGAUCUUUUGUCAAAGAUUCAUAAUCUUGAGAACAGAUUUGCUACUGUAUUUCUAGAAUGCAGGGUUUCUGAACUGGCUGUUGCUGAGUUUGAUGACGAGAUUCGACUUUGUUUAGCUGAGUUAAAGCAGUUGUGUACUCUUUAUUCAUUUGCAAAUCCUAAAGGAGCUCAUGGAUAUGAUUGUUUGGACACUUUGAGAAGUUCAGAUUUGAUUAGUCAAAAACAGCAGGUUUCUCCUUGUCUAGAAGAUAGUGGUCUGGUCAAGGAAUUGCCAGCAAAAUUAAUAGAGAUAGAGAAGCUUAAAUCAGACAAUUUGGCCAAGGAUAAUGAGCUCAAGGCUUUGAGGAAUCGGCAAAAAGAGUUAGAAGCUCAUAUUUGUUCCGUUGAGAAGCAGAAAAGCCAGUUGGAGGAAAAUAUGGAAAUAAUGCGGAGAGAAGUUGUUGUUACAGCUAAAUUCUUGGAUGAUUUGCGGAGUGAAAUGAUGGAACUUAAUAGCAAUAUGGAUUCCCGGAUGUCUGCCAACAAAAUUCUCGUAAAGAAACCUUCAGAACUCGAAGAAGGAAAGAAGGGCAUGGAAGUUUAUUUAUCUCAACUAGAAGAAGAAAAUUUACUUUUAUCAGAAGGGUUAUGUUGUUUAGAAGAAAAAUUAAUGUACCCUAAUGAUGGAAGAGAGUACUGUCACGUGGAACUACAAAUUCCAGAAUUUGAUGCUACGAAUUUCAAAGAUGAGAUAAUAAGAAGAUUGGAAGAUGAAAUGGAGGUGCGAACAUUUGUUAUGAUACAGAAGGUUGAAGAGAUGCAAAGGCAAUGGUCAGUAGUUCAAGAAGAGUGUGAGUGUCUCAAAAUCGAAAAUCUUACACUCAUUGAAGAAUGUAGUAUGCUUCAGAAAGCAAAUGAAGACCUAAGGAAACAAAAGAUGGAGUUAAAUGUGCGGUGUACGGUCCUGGAAGUAGAAUCGAAAGAAUCAGCAAACGGUUGUUCUAAUAUGCCGAACAAGGUUGACAACCUCCAAAGAGAGAACCAGCUUUUGGAAGAAGAAAUUUCGGCUCAGUUGCAGAAAAAAGUACUCCUUCAGGAUGAAAUUUUGGCUCUUAGGGAAACAAUUAGUGAAAUCAAGUUUGAAAAUGAAAUGCUGGAAGCUUCUUUUGCGAUGCUAUUGAGAGACUAUGAAGAACUUGAGGCUGAAACAACCUUAUUCGUUCAGAAAAUCUCUAAUAGUUGCAGUUGUGGCAAAGUUUUCCUUGAAGAAGCCUUGGGAGCUCAAAAAGGUUUGCUGAAAAAUGAGCAAGCCUACAUACGGGCUGAUAACAAACAAAACUGCAAUACUGAAAGUCAAUUUAUGGGAGUUGAGCUUGCAGAAGUUUUAGAUGUAGAUGACUUGUAUAAGGCCCAGCUUAAGAGGUGCGUAUAAGCGGAUGUAAGCACUCAUAUAGACAUUCCUGCAAAUUCGACAGGUGAAGGUGUUGGAACAAAAGACAGACAUGAAUGCAAGGUACCGACACUUGAGAUCGAGAUGAGUGCUAGGUAUUAUAUGUGUUGAAGGUGCAGGAUUAAACGAAAGACAUGGAUGCAAGGUACCGAUAUUUGAGAUCAAGUUCAGGUAGAAGCUGCUGAUCCUCAAUGUAGCUUAAAGCUGGCGAUGGCAGAAUGAACUCGGUUUUGGAUUUCUGGAUAAGUUUGGUUAUAUCUGUCAUUGAUAAGCUGCCUCAACAACCCUAACAGCACUUUUCAUCACUCCCUAGUCUGGGGUCUGGGUGACCGGGGCAGAAGUUGUAGAUUUUUAGUGUUAAGGAAGCAGUAAUUAAAACAUAAAAUGUAACAAUGGCAGCUUUGGAUUAAUGUACACUAUAUUUGCAGUUGGUAAUAUACCAGUAAACUAAAAAGUGUAAACCUUGAUGUUAUUGAUUGAGCAAUCAUCAUGAACUUGCUUUAGCAUUUA